AUGCCCCCGCGCGGCGCGCGAGACGCCGCGCACGGCGCCCCGGACGGAGCACGAGGUGAGGGAUGGCAGCAGUGCGACACGGUCUUCACGAACGAGAAGGCGGGGAUGGGGGGCGUGGACAAGGAGCGGGUCAAGCGGGUCGUGUACGAGCUCAGCAAGGGGUCGGCGCACUUCGCGCAGGAGCAGCGCAAGCAGCGGGACGCCGACGCCCGCGCCGCGCGCCUCCGCGCCGAGCUGGACGCGCUGACGCCCGCCGCGCUGGCCGCGUCCGAGCGCGCGACGGACGCGCGCCUUGUGGAGCUCGAGGCCAGCCGGGACCUGACGCGGUGCUGGUUCCACGUCGACAUGGACGCGUUCUUCGCCGCGUGCGAGGAGCAGGCCGACCCGUCCCUGCGCGGCAUCCCCAUGGCCGUGGGGGGGAUGUCGAUGAUUUCGACGGCCAACUACGAGGCCCGCAAGUUUGGCGUGCGGUCCGCGAUGCCCGGCUUCAUCGCCGUCCGCCUGUGCCCGCACCUGCGCUUCGUGAAGUCGAACUUCGAGCUCUACAGGGCGGCGUCAGCCAAGGCCCGCGCAGCGUUUGCGCGCGUGGACCCGAAGCACGACUGCGCCAGCCUGGACGAGGCGUACCUGGACGCGACGGAGUUCGUGCGCGGGCGGCCGUGGGCGGAGGGCAUGGCGGAGCUGCGGGACAUGGUGCGGGAGGCGACGGGGGGGCUGACGUGCUCAGUGGGCGCGGCGCCGAACAGGAUGCUGGCGAAGAUCGCCAGCGACAUCAACAAGCCGAACGGACAGUUCAUCAUCGAGCCGGACGCCGCGAAGAUCCGCGCGUUCGCGCGCAACCUGCCCCUGCGCAAGAUCCCUGGAGUGGGCAAGGUGACGGAGCGCAUCUUGUCGUCGCUGGGCGCCACGACGUGCGGCGACGUCCUCGACCGCCGCGCCGCGCUGGCUUGCGUGCUGACGCCGGUGGCGAUGAGCUCGCUCCUCCGCUCGUCGCUGGGCCUGGGCUCCACCACGCACUCCGAGCGCGCCCCCGAGGGCCUCCCCAACCGCAAGGGCAUGAGCGUGGAGCGCACGUUCAAGGCGAUCUACACCGCCGCGCAGAUGGAGGCGAAGCUCGACGAGCUGGCGGGGACGCUCGCGGAGCACAUGGCGCGGGAGGGCCUGCGCGCGCGGACAUUGACGUUGAAACUGAAGACGGCGAAGUUUCAAGUGCGCACGCGCGCGGUGACGCUGCCCAAGUUCAUCCACGAGAAACAGGACCUCCUCGCUGCUGCUCUGCGGCUGCUCACGCCAGAGCUGCCCAUAUCGGACGGGCUGAGGCUGAUGGGAGUGCGCGUGAGCCAGUUUCACACGGACGCGGCGCCCGGGUCUGCGGCACAGCCAACGCUGGACCAGCUGUUUGGCAGCCGGAACGCCGACGGGCGGCCGCCGGCGCAGGAGGGGGGUCGGGAGCCUGACGAAAGCCCCGAAUGCUCGGACGGGGAGGGAUCGGACCGGGAGCCGGACGGGGAGUUCUCCGCAGAGAUGUGGCGCAUGGACAGCUCUCACAGGGAGGCCGGAGCUCGGGAUGCGGCGCAGAACCGCGCCACGGACGACGCGGUGGCGGAGGACGCACGUCGUGCCGGGACAGAGGACGCCGGGCCCGGAGAGCGCGUGAAGACGGCGUGGCGCUGCGCCGUGUGCACUUUCGCGGAGAACAGCAGCCGAGAGCACUGGUGUGCUGUGUGCAGCAGCUACCGGUACGCAAACGGCGCUGCCAGCGACGCGGGCGAGGGUGCGCAGCGGCGCGCGGGCGGGAACAGCGCGGUGCAGCGGCCGACGCCGACGAAGCAGCAACGUGGGACGCAGCGCCGCCUUGACGCGAUGCUGGCUCGGGCGCGCGGGGGCGGCGUGGCGGGGGCGAGGGGCGGCGAGGACGGUCCCGCGUGGGUGUGUCCGGAGUGCGGGCAGGGCAUGUCUGUCAGAGACAGGCAGGAGCACCAGGACAUGCACUUCGCCCGCCAGCUGAGGGAGGAGCAGAUCUCGGAGAUGCAGGGGCUGGGGAAGGGCGGGAAGGCGACGGAGGGGGCGAGCCGGAAGCGUGCGCGGCUCGGCGGCCACGUGCACGGCGCGGUGCAGGGUGGCAAGAAGUCGGGCAGGGCGAAGCGCAGCUUGGGGGGAUGUCUCGAGCGAUGA